GAAAAUCUUUCAGGAAGCGUAUAUCCGCUUUGACGCGGACGUAAACAAACGUAGCUUAGCAAUCUAAGCCUUGCUGUAACCAUUGAGAGAUUGUACCGUAGUACAAUGUGUUUCUCUGCCGUCUAGAUCUAGAACGAUCUGAUAUCCGGUACCAGGACCCGGCGUUUUGUUAAGAGCUUUACUUGAGAAGAUCUCAACUCAACAAUGUCUACUUCAAAUUUCAAGAAUAAGUGUGUGACGCAAGUCAACUGUAUAUACUGUGACAAUCUGCUGUGUAUGAGAGGGAUGAAAGCUGUACUUUUGGCUGACACGGAAAUAGAGUUGUUCUCAACCGACAUACCACCAAAUAGGACUGUUGAUUUUGUGGCCAGCUGCUAUUCCACUGAAAGCUGCAAAUGCAAAUUAAGAGAUAUUGCUUGUUUGAAAUGUGGGAAUGUUGUGGGAUAUCACGUGGUGGCCCCAUGCAAGCCCUGCUUGCUGUCCUGCAACAAUGGUCACUUCUGGAUGUUCAACAGUGAAGCUGUGUCCACCAUCAAUAGACUGGAUGCAACAGGGCAGAACCUGCUGCUGUGGGGAGAUCUUCCAGAACUGGAGGACAGUGAUGACGAAAGCCUGGACAGUCUGUCAGAAGAAGAGUACCUCAGAUAGAAACACACGUCUAAAUGAAGUAGAUUUACAUAAAUCUCCGUUUAAAGCACAUUGUCUUCUCUUCAGCUGACUGGGAACGGGCAAAAGGAAAACAAAAUCUUCACCAUCCCAGCUUGAUUUAUAUGCAUUUUCGUUCUGCAUUCUCUCACUUUAGUUUAAGCAUGUCUGAGUGCCAUUAGCAAACAAUGUUUCCGUUUUCUUUGCUUUACGGUUACAGUAGCACAAUACAUGAUGAUUGGAUUUAAAGAUUUAUGAUGUUAUCCUCCUACGGUAUGUCUUUAUUCAGGAUUCACAAAUGGUUCACGAAGAUUAACAGCAGUGUUACUUUGAGGUGUUAAUAGAAUUGAUUUGCUCCGUUACGAAAGCAGUUUUUGAAAGGCAGCCAAAUGGCCAGCCAGCUAACAAUUUUUUUUUCAUAGAUAGAUAGAUAGAUAGAUAGAUAGAUAGAUAAGGAUUAACAAUCGUGCAAAAUUGUAUGCUGGUUCCACAAGUCUAGGUGGUUUUAUAGGAUGAAAAUGACUGACAUUAACCAUGUUUUAAUGGUUUACCAGUAUAUUUGUCCAUUUUUAUUGAAUGUCACACAUUGUCUCCUGAAGAUGAAUAUGAAUUGAUACAUGUAUCCUAAACUAGGCUUAAUCUUGUCUUUCAUCUGAUUAUUUUCUGUAUUUAAAUUUUUCAUGGCUUUGAAAUUUUGAAGUGGCACAAAAUGAUUUGGUAACUUAGAGUAGUUAGGUCUCAGCUCGGUGACAUUUGGCAUUUGAACAACUUUGAUUUAACAUUUUUAUGGCACACUCUUUUCAAUGAAUGCAGUUUCAUGAUUUUAUUUGAUUUUUAUUUAUAGUUUAAAAUGUGUGGUUUUUUUUUAUAAAGUUAUGUUUCACUGUUUGUCAACAGAGAAAUCAUGAAGAAAAAAAUGACAGAAAGAAAUCUGCACUUAAUUACUGUAAAUGCUACAUGAAACUGUGACAUACUGGACAAAGCAUUUUUAAGAUUUCAUAUUUUUUUCCAUGGAGGUAACAAAAUGACUUACAUCCUCUUUCAUUUUGAUUUAUUAAGACAUGAUACAGUCCGUCAGUAGCAGUUUUUUUUUUCUUUUCACAAUCCUGUUUACCAUUUCACUGUGAUGAUCAUUUUUAAAUAUUUAAAAAUAAGAAGGCUCUUAUGCCCGACUGUAAAUGUAAAUGUAUUCAAGGUUGCAUUUUCAGUCAAAAUAACAGCAAAAGAAUAAACAACCACUAUUGUGAUAGCUUUCAGGUGUAGCAUUUUUAGAGGUUGGAUUUUAUGCCUUGAAGCAAUCUUUAGUAUGCAUUUACGACCAAAAUGAAACCAUGGCAAAUCUGUUUUGCAUUUUAACUUAUUAACAGAGGAUUUAAUUGAUUUAAGUUAUGCGUUUUGAAUGUAUUUAUUAACAGACACGGUACUGUAUUUAUACUGACGUGAUUUAAUUUGCGCCAUGUGAGGAUGAGAGAAAAAAAUAAUAAUUUGUAUACUUUUGAUCUGCACUGACAAUAUGUUGUUGGUUUAAACUUUGGGUUAUUUUGUAUGCUGAAUUUCUUGAUAUUAAACCUUUUAAUGUGGA